AUGGCGCGUCGUCCGAGUUCGAACUUGAUUCAGCCGCAAGGGGCCAAUGCGGCGAUUAGGCAGCAGCCCCCCGCUUCCGGCGUGCACCUGCCGCCACCGUACCGGCCGCGCCGCAGCAUGCGGGAUCUCAGCCCCUCUAUCAUGCACCGGUAUUUAAUAUUAGUAGAUGUUGAGCGUGAGCCUGAUAGUAAGUGUUCAAGGGAUCAUACUAGUAGUAGUUGUCUUGCAGUACUAUCGCAGAACAAGCUGCAGUGUAGUUGUUGAUGUGAAUGCAUGGGAAUAAUUUUUUCGCCCGGACGAAAUAAACGAGUGAAGUUCUUCUAGCUGAAUGAAACUACGACCACAGGUACAUGUACUCUUUCCAGUGUUUCAUGGCACACCUUCGG